GGCACGCAUGCGGUUCAAAAAAGUUUUCUUGCAUUCUCGCCCUGUGCGGCUGCGCAGAGCCGACGGCAACAGUCACAUCCUGCAGCUUCCUGGCUUUUUCCUCAACAUCCCGCCCCUUUCCUGUGGCGCAUGCGCAUAAUGUUGCUGCAGGGGCCUUGCGGAAUAAUGAGCCUUCGCAUCUGCGCAAGGGGGAAAGGGACUGGAGGGAGACAUGCUGCCAAAUAGUGAGCCGGUGAAGAUUGUGGAUGCCGAUUUUUUUAACUAACCUGUGGAUCCUGUUUGACCUCCAAACUGGCAAUGUCAAGGGUACCGAGUCCACCUCCCCCGGCAGAAAUGUCAAGUGGACCUGUUGCGGAGAGCUGGUGUUACACUCAAAUUAAAGUGGUCAAAUUCUCCUACAUGUGGACCAUCAACAACUUCAGUUUUUGCCGGGAGGAAAUGGGCGAGGUCAUCAAAAGUUCAACCUUUUCGUCGGGAGCGAACGAUAAAUUGAAAUGGUGUUUGCGUGUGAACCCAAAGGGCUUGGACGAAGAGAGUAAAGAUUACCUUUCACUCUACCUGUUGUUGGUCAGCUGUCCGAAGAGCGAAGUCCGAGCGAAAUUCAAGUUCUCCAUCUUGAAUGCGAAAGGGGAGGAAACAAAAGCGAUGGAGAGCCAGAGAGCUUAUCGGUUUGUGCAAGGCAAAGACUGGGGAUUCAAGAAGUUUAUUAGGAGAGAUUUUCUCUUGGAUGAGGCCAACGGACUACUUCCAGACGACAAGCUCACUCUCUUCUGCGAGGUGAGUGUAGUGCAGGACUCUGUCAAUAUCUCCGGCCAAAACUCCAUGAACAUGGUGAAGGUGCCCGAAUGCCGCUUGGCGGAUGAGUUGGGAGGCCUCUGGGAAAACUCUCGCUUCACAGACUGCUGCCUGUGUGUGGCAGGCCAGGAGUUCCAGGCUCACAAAGCCAUACUAGCAGCACGAUCUCCGGUUUUCAGUGCUAUGUUUGAACACGAGAUGGAGGAAAGUAAAAAGAACCGAGUAGAAAUCAAUGACGUGGAGCCGGAAGUUUUUAAAGAAAUGAUGUGCUUCAUUUACACGGGGAAGGCAUCCAACCUUGACAAAAUGGCGGACGAUUUGCUUGCAGCUGCUGACAAGUAUGCGUUGGAGCGUUUGAAGGUGAUGUGCGAGGAUGCUCUGUGUAGCAACCUGUCUGUGGAAAACGCAGCAGAAAUCCUCAUCCUGGCCGAUCUACACAGCGCCGACCAGCUAAAAACUCAGGCAGUUGACUUUAUCAACUACCACGCUUCAGAUGUCAUGGAGACUUCGGGCUGGAAGUCCAUGGUGGUCUCUCACCCUCACUUGGUGGCAGAGGCGUACCGUUCACUGGCCUCCGCGCAGUGCCCCUUUCUGGGACCGCCCCGCAAGCGGCUGAAGCAGUCCUAAGCCUCGAACCUCCAUCGCACAACCCCGCGUGUGUGUGUUUGUGGUUUAUUUUUUUUAAAAGAAUGGAAAUAGCUACAGAAGCAGUUGUUUCUCCAACCUUGACGACCAGGUAGACAAUGCAACCUGUGGAGCUUUUUACUCUGUUGUGGGGAGGGUGGGACGGGGGGCGGGGUCAACAGACUGCUCUGGGACGUGCGGACUUUUAAAACGAGAAGAAAAAGAAAACAGCACCAAGUAAACUUGGGGACAAGUGGGGGAGGGGUGGACCGGGGAAAGGGGGCUGUUCAACCUAAUAUAUCCCUGUUGCUGCAUUGUCUGUGUGUUUCCCUUUGACUUGGCUGAGUAAAGAACUCGAGGGGGUCGGCCAGGCGCCGCCCUGAGACAACAGAUCCAAACGACGAUACGGGAUUUUAAGGAGAAAAAACAAAAACAAAAAACAAACCCAAGACAACAAGACGCCUCUGCAUUUGACAGCAAUGGAACAAGAACCAGGGCAUGCCUGGAGCAGAGACGACGACGCUCCCUUUGUUUUGGAAACGAUUGCAUUAGAGAAGGGCGGCCGAUGCCCUGCACUACGAAGCCCACAAACGGGAGCGUCCCGGGGAUUUUCUGCCGAGAGACUUUUGAGACAGAGAGACUUGCUCACUGUGCUGAAAUUCCUGCGUUGGCCACGCAGCUGCGAGGCGACUAGUCUCUCCCGGUAGCACUUGUCUACGCGAAUUGCAGGGAGAAAAGAGAAAAAUUCUCUCAGCAAAUAAAAGGCUACUUAGUGGUGAAGAGGGGGACUGCGUGAGGCCUUGCUGCCCGGAAGACGUAAACGGGACGGAGGCAGCCGCUAGUGGCAUUUAGGAACUGUUGCAAUUUAUCCUUGACUUGGAUUCGGCUAUCCAAGAGCAAUGGUUACCUGUUUAGAUAUCGUGGGAAUUUUGUUCUUCUGGUAUCUCUCCCCCCCCCCCCCCCCCCUCCCCGCUUUAGUUUUGUUUCUUCUUUAUUUCCUGUGAUUUCCUUCAUACCCCUCUGAAUUUUUUUUGUUUCUUUUAAAAAAGAAAGAAAUUUUAUCGUUCAGGAACACUGUGUCAAAGGGUUUUUUUUUUCCCCCUUUUUGUUCCGAGUUGGUAAAAUGAUUCUUAUUGAGUGUUUGUGUUGAGUUUGCUGGUGUGUAGAAGGCCUGGACCUGUUCUGUUCUGAAACCAGUUCUCUUUUUCAGGAAUGAAGUUCCAAAGUAGCUGGUAAACUUUCUCCCUUCCCCCCUUUUCUUUCUCUCUCUCUCUCUCUCUCUCUCUCUUUUUUUUAGAAAUAUAUUUACUCUUUUGUACUGUG